AUGGAUGAGCCUCAUACAGAUCACACAAGCUUACCAGCAGAAGUGGAGCCUUCGGAGGCAUCGGAUGAGUUUGACGACGUGGACUCAGAGCUGGGGUCCGAGACUGGUUCGUGCCUGAGGGAUGAGGCCAACUUCCUGCUGCCGGAUUCACGGCUACUGCAUCCGCAUCGUUUCAACCUCAUCAACUCCUUGAUCGGUGCCAACAAAGUUGAUGCCUUUCUUGACGGCCUGUCAGACGAAGAAGAUGCUGAUGAUUUGUUUGGCUUCGGCCAUGGCCGGCUGUCACUUCGACGGUCACGUUUGGACGAAAACUCUCCCUUGUGCUGCUAUCACUUGCAGGGGCGCUGCAAGUUUGGCGAUAGGUGUGAUUUUUCGCACAAGGAUGAUCGCAUGGGGCCUUGCCAAUUUGGGGCUGGGUGCUGGCUGGGACACGGCAAGCUUGGGGCAGGAAUCCGGCAUGCCAGUCUCGGGCCUUUGUCUGGCGGUGCAGAUGCGGUGGUCUCCGCUGAUGCCUGGGCGCCGCUUCGAGUGCCCAAGAUCCUGGGCCUUGACGUGAUAGUCACGAAGACGGCCCCUGGAGGAUAUGCCAAGCCCCUUUACCUCUAA